UCUUUGAAUUAGUGGCUUAUUCGGACGCUGAACAAGAAGGACGUUAUUCCCUUCCAUUUUGGGAGCAGAAGUCCAAAACAACAGCUGGGAACCACUGACCUCAAGGCAGCAGAUGCCAUAAUUGAAACAUCUACAAAUUCAUCAUGAUUCUUCAACAGCUGUUUAGGUUCUCUUCUAUUUUUCAUUCAACACUCUCAAUCCACUUACGUAGAAAUAUUGGCUUUUCUGCCAUUGUGUUUAACAAGGCAAAGGAACUUGAUCCUGUACAGAAACUCUUUGUGGACAAGAUCAGAGACUAUAACACAAAAAGCCAGAAAGCUGGUGGCCCUGUUGAUGCUGGCCCAGUCUAUGAGAAAGAAAUGAAUGAACAAAUUGUGAAACUCCAGAGGUUAUAUGGUGGUGGAGACCUGACUAAAUUUCCGGACUUCAAGUUUGAGGAACCUAAGUUUGAAGAGGAACAGAAGUGAUGGUGUGGUCGUGUGUGCACAUCAAGCAACAGUGUCUGAUUGGAUUUGUUGAAUUAGGCCUGUCUUUGUGGCAUCAAUAAAUAGUUCCGUGUUCAGUC